GACGCGCGGCGGAGCUCGAGCUGCUGCAGCUGCUGCCGCCGCCAGAGGAGCUUGAUCCCCGCGCACCGGACACCCCGGGUCUCGCCAUGGCUGACCAGCUGACUGAGGAGCAGAUCGCAGAGUUCAAGGAGGCCUUCUCCCUCUUUGACAAGGACGGAGAUGGCACCAUCACUACCAAGGAGUUGGGGACAGUGAUGAGAUCCCUGGGGCAGAACCCCACUGAAGCCGAGCUGCAGGACAUGAUCAACGAGGUGGACGCAGACGGCAAUGGGACCAUUGACUUCCCGGAGUUCCUGACCAUGAUGGCCAGAAAGAUGAAGGACACGGACAGCGAGGAGGAGAUCCGAGAGGCCUUCCGUGUCUUUGACAAGGACGGGAACGGCUACAUCAGUGCCGCGGAGCUGCGCCAUGUGAUGACGAACCUGGGCGAGAAGCUGACCGACGAGGAGGUGGAUGAGAUGAUCAGAGAGGCUGACAUCGACGGCGACGGCCAGGUCAAUUACGAAGAGUUUGUACAGAUGAUGACCGCAAAGUGAAGUCACGGGCAGCUGGCAAUGCCCGUUUUGAUUUCUCUCCUCGCGCGCGCCCUCUCUCUUCAACACCCCCUGCGUACCCCGGUUCUAGCAAACUCCACCUGAUUGACUGAGAAUCUGAUAAACAACAAAAGAUUUGUCCCAAGCUGCAUGACUGCUCUUCCUCCUUCCUCCUUGAGACCCUUCCCUGCCCCUCAUCUCUUCCUCCUGCGCUCCCCUCCUCUCCCAUCUCCUAAGGCCUGAUGCAUUCAUUAAGACGAACCCCCCAUUCCCUCAGGGGAGCCUCUGCCCUCCCCCUCCAGCCCGGGGGGCUCUCCUCCGUUUCAGUUUGUUUCCUUUCGUUUGUCAUCUUAUUUGGGGUGCUGGGGUGGCUGCCAGCACUGGCCCGGGACCUGCCGGCGGAGUGCGGCCCAUGCCCGGGUGGAAGGGCACACCCAGUGCUGUUGCAUGUCCCGCCAGCCUGUGAGUCCGUGGGCAGCCGCCCGGCAGCCUCCAGAGCCAGGGCUGCCACAAGAGGCGUCCCAGGAGGACAGGGGUGACCGAGGAAUCGUGGUGAUGGCUGGCUGUGGCCCAGGAGGGGGUCG